AUGGUCCGUGAGAAGUAUCGCUAUAUUGUGCUUAAGAUUUCCACCCCUUCCAACCGGCCCCUCCUUAAUCUUUCUGCCAAACCUCUCUUACAUGCUAUUGAACGAGCAGCAGCAGCCAAUCUAAACGACUGGGACUACGCCUACACAAUUCCUCGCCUACAAGUAACUGAGUUCUGGCCUUAUUUGGGUCUCUGUAUUAUCAAAGUCCUUUUAGUGGGCAAAAACACUCUUUACCGCCUAGUUCCUUAUAUUUCAACUAUCAAUGAUCAAAGUUGUCAAAUUACGCCGCUUAAGUGCUCAGGAGCGAUUCGGAAGAGCAAGCAAUGGAUUCUUCAGAAUAAAUUUUCGUAG